AUGCGCAGCUCUCUGGGCUGCAGGCCCGGCACGUCUCAAAUACGCACCGGACUGGCGCUGUCGGCUCUCCUACUCGUUUCCGGAUCACUAGCGGACGUGACCUUGCGGAACCCGAUCGCAGGCCAGCUGCCCCGGAUCGCCAGGCUAGACAGCCCCUAUUCGUGGUCGUUUGGGUCCGACACCUUCACCACCGACAAUGUCGGUCACACGAUCUCGUACGACGCCCAGGGCCUCCCGAGCUGGGCGACAUUCGACAGCGUCUCGAGGACUAUUUCGGGCAGCCCCCGAGCCAGCGAUGCAGGUUCGGCGACAGUGACGAUUGUAGCGUCCGAAGAAGGGGGUGAAUCGGCGCGCGACAGCUUUGACCUGGUCACCCGUGCGGGCCGUGGCGCCUCCCUCAACAAGCCGCUCCCACAGCAACUGCCCGAAGCAAGCAGCCUGUCUCCUGGCAACAUACUGCCUGGCGGCGAGCAGCACCUACCUCUCGGCUGGUCUUUCAGCCUUGGGUUCGCCGGCGACACCUUCACCUCUCCCUCUGGCAACCUUCGCACCGCGGCCCGACUCUCCACCGGGGCUCCGCUGCCCGGAUGGCUGCACUACGACCCGACGCUGACGCUCUGGGGUGUCGCUCCGACCACACCGGGCAACGAGGGAAGCAGCUUUGAGGUCGUGGUAUCAGCCUCGACCGUCGACGGAUACAGCGACGCGAGCAGCUCGGUCGUGCUCGUGGUCAGCGCAGGCGCCCUGACGCUUGGCCGGCCGCUGCGUGCAGUCAACGCGACCGCCGGAUCAGCAUUCGAGCACACGAUCGAGCCGCCUCAAGUCUUGAUCGAUGGGAGGCAACAAGCUGGUCAGACCAACUUUGACGUCGCUCUCGAUACCACAAGCUACCCCUGGAUGAGCUUCGACGCCUCUUCUCGCGUGAUCAAGGGUACCCCCCCGGUCGACACCACCGGAAAUACAUCAUCAACACUGAUGGUGCCGAUUUCGAUCAAGGACGCCGACCACGACGCCCUGCAGACCAACCUGACCUUCAACGUCUUUCCCAGCGCGUUCACUGAUUCGACACUGCCGGACGUCUCCGUGCAGAGUGGAAAACGCUUCCAAGUGGACCUCGCACAGUACAUUCGCGCCGGAGGCGACCAGCGCCGCCCCCCCGUCAAUGUGACCCUGGAUCCUCCCAGCGCGAUGGACUGGAUCAAUGUCGACAAAAAGGGCCCCAGCCUCUCCGGUCAGGCGCCUGCCGAGCUCAAGGAUGCCAAGGUCAGAGUCACGCUGCAGGCAGUCAACCCCGACGGUGCCGGUGGUGGUGUCAGCAGCACCAGCUUCAUGCUUUUGUCUUCCGACCGUGCCGCACCUGCUCCUUCCACAAAGCCCGGGGGGCGAGACAACGCAGAUGUCGGAGGAAGCAAAGGGCUCAGCAGCUCGGCCAAGAUUGCGCUUGCCGCAUCGCUGGGGUCUGUCGGAGGCAUUUUCCUCCUUGUCCUGCUGAUGAUGUGCUGCCGUCGCACGUGCGCGGCUGAGGAGCAUGACACGCACGGACGCCAGCUCGAUUUCGACACCUCUGCCGACGACGAUCGCACCUUGACCGAGGGCAAGUCGCCGAUGAUGGUCUUCGGUGCCAAGUCCAGCCCGCUGAUGCAGAAAUGGCGCCGAGCCAAGCAUCGCGACGAUGCCAGCCCUUACCUCCACGCCGGACACUCACCCUAUUCGGAGAAACGCAUCGUCGGAGGCGGCAUCAUCUCGUCCAAGGUGUCGCGCGAGAACAUGGGCAAGAGCGGCUCACAGGUCUCGAUCACCAUGCACAACGUGGGGGAGCCGGCGACGGGCCCGGUGCCGACGCAGGAAGAGCGCCCGACCAAGUCGAAGCUUCUCGGCUUCCUCAAGGUCAAGUCCAAGUCGGGCCGCAGCCUCGUUCGGGAUGCCACAUUCAACAGCGCCCACCGCAACGCGCAGGCUGCGGGCAGCAUCGGUCUCGGACUCGAGGGUAUCGUCGAUGGCGACAACCCUUACGGCGACCCGAACCUGCCCAUAGGCCACUCUCGCAGCCAUGCUCGAAGCAGCUGGGAGAGUGACCUUUGGAUGCAUGACGGCUCGCGGGCCAGCAGCCGUCACAGCCAGCGUGCCGAGACGCCAGGUAGUGGAUCCGUCUCGAUCUCCAUCUUCAGCGGCGACUCGAGGUCCGAAUCACCGACCGAGGUGCCCGUCCGCCGCGGCGGCUUGGUGCCCAUGCGCCACCGGAACGCUCACAUCAACGACAGCCCGGCCUUCAACCUCGGCCACGGCUUCGACACGCGCCCGACAGAGGCCGACGGCGAUCACGACGUCAACCGUUCGCGCCACCGGCUCGCCAACAUGACGACAAGCGCCACUAUCGACGAGGAGCUGGAUGGAGACGUCGAUGCUGUCGUCACGCGCGCUCGCAAGGUGCAGGUGCAAUCGACGGGCACCGUCUCUGCGCCACAGCAGGUGACCAUCCAGCCCGGCCAGCGCAACACGUCCCACCGCGUCGUGGCCAUGGACCACGACAUCAGCAGCAGCGUGGCCGCCUUCGAGGAUGCCGAGGACGAGCCUGUCUACGUCGAAGACGUGCUGCGCCGAGAACAGGAGCAAGCCUCGUCUGCCGACCAGGGAAAGCGCACCAGCUACAUGCCCGGCCUAGGCGGUGCCGACAUCAGCGCGGUGCGGUUCGACGACGGCCCCGCCGAGCGGACGAUUGUCAGGCCCGAAGAGACUGUGCGCGUCGUCCGCCCCUCGAUCGCUCCGCUGCCUCCAACGCCGCAGCUCCCUAUCGGCGGCGCCGACACCGAGGCAGCCCUCGACUUUCCCUUCGACACUGCCCCUGCCCCUGACCGCCGCCGACCGAGCUCAAUGAGCGGGCAAGGUGGGCGACACCGGCAGGCUGAGCAGCAUGUCCGAGCAACGCCCGGCGAGCUGAUCCGGGUCAAGGUGCUCUCUGCCUCGCAGGCGCCGCCCAUCAUGGGCGGAGCGCCCGACUCCCCGGGCAAGAGGAGCGGGCGGCGGCUCAACUAUACACCGGUAUUGCAGGACGACAAGUACGUCGAGUACUGGAACACGCGGCCCAGCUUCCUCGAGUGGCUCACCUGGGACUCUCGGAUGCAGGAGCUGAGCGGCACGGUGCCGCCCAAGUUCGGCCCGACGCCCAUCUCGCUGCGGAUCGCCAUCCUGGCCCGCCCUGUGUAUACGCCGCAGCAGGCGCCACCGAGCCCCGCGCUUGGCUCGAGCGGCGCCGCCGGGCGCAACAAGCGGCAUUCUCGAGCUUCGAGCAUCGAGUCGACCGCGACGGCCGUCGACGAAGAGGUUGUCGCCGUCGUCGUCGUGCACAUCCAAAAAUCCGGCCUCGAUGGCGCGGGCGCCACCUCGAUCGAACUGCAGCGCGGCCACGCCUUCUAA